GACUAUACAAGCAGACGACAAAACUUACUGAUGAUGUGUUCAUAUGAACAUUUUUGGAAAGCGGUUGAUCAACUGCAAAGAAGAUUGUUACAUGAUUGGAGACAAAAAGGCCAAUGUCAGCAAACAAAUAAUGAUGUAAUUAACAGAGAUGUUGUUUUGCACAGAAUUGAAUAUAUAAUUCUGAAUGUGACGAAAGCCAUAGCCAGAGGAGAAGCCCCGGUUUUUAGAUACGCAAACAGAUCUUCGUGGGACAACAUACGAUUUGAUUCAGCAAUUGGGCUUGAACAGAUUGGGGAAGCCAAACUGACACAUGUGAGGUUCGACAGCAUUAACUCUGUGAAAAAAUUUGGAAUCAUGGUAAAGGUUCUUUCACUCAUUUACAAACUUAUUCAAGAAGAUAAAUAUUGUACCAAAAGAGAUAUCUACUAUCAGUUCCCAGAACUGUUUGGUUCACAGUCGGUUCUUGAUAGUGCUGUUGAUAAUUUAGCAUGUAUGCUGGAAGUACCAAGGUGGGAACUGCAUGUGUUAGCAACCAGCAAAGGUUGUGUGGCAGGAGAUCUUCAGUUCUAUGAUGCAGAAGGACAAUACAAUGACUGCCAAGCCACAAGAGUGGGAAUACAGAUACCUGCUCACAGCAAAGACUUUCAAUCACUGCAGACUAAUGCAAGGUAUGUGUUGAUUGUUGAAAAAGAUGCUACUUUUCAAAAGUUGUUGUUGGAUAAUUUGUGUGACAAGUAUGGACCCUGCAUCAUGAUCACAGGCAAAGGUUUUCCUGAUAUGGGAACGAGAAUGCUACUACGAGCUCUGAGGGACAGAUUUCAGUUGCCAAUGUUUGCCUUGGUGGAUGCUGACCCACAUGGAGUAGAAAUCAUGGCAGUGUAUAAGUUUGGAUCAAAGGCUCAAGCUGCUGAAAACUGCUUUCUAGCUGUUCCAGAGAUUCGCUGGCUUGGUGUUUUACCUAGUGACAUACAAAGGCUUAAUCUGCAAGAGGACACCUUGAUUUCCAUGACCAAGAAGGACAUGGACAAAGCGUGUGAACUGUUAGGCAGACCUUAUGUACAGUCCAACUGGCAGUUGCUAGAGCAGAUCCAAAUAAUGAUUCAGAGUGGUAAGAAAGCUGAAAUCCAAUGUUUGGAUUCUUUGUCAAGUUCUUAUCUUUGUCAAGUGUAUAUUCCAGAAAAGCUGGCAUCAGGAUGUUGGCUUUAACAAUGACUGACCUUCCAUAACCAUCAACAGUAUUCAGUUCCAAAAAAAAAAUACAUUCAGUUUUAAGUGACAGACCCUAGUUUUUAAACACUACAACAUAUUUUUUACUAUUAAUAAUUAAAGCCAUUUUCAAUAAUUUCAAUUAAAAGUACUUACAUUUUAUUUAGAAUAUCCAUUUUCGUACACUUGAAGUGGUUCUGUUCAUCCAGGAUAAAAUAGCAAAACCUCACAAUUCAUUUUUCAUAAUUCUAAAAAUGCACGUUCAUCUAAGAAGUAAUGGUUAUAGAGACAAGCUCUAGUUAUUUGUAGACGGUAUUUCCCUAUUUAAACAUCACAUACUUUAGCUUCUCUCUGUUAUAACUUUACCCAAAUGUGUGUUGCAAGUUUAGACUAGAUUAACUAAACUUGGUGUCCAUCUUCAUGGACUGAAACUAGGGUCUGCACCUUUAAGUCAGAUGUUAACAGAGGAAAACCUAUUUUUCUUUUUUAUAUUAUUGGUUGCUUGGUAUGUUUAUUCAUACAGAUCAGUUUAUGGUAUUUUUGUGAAGUGGUUGCGCUGAAAUCCAACAUUAAAAGCCAAUUAUAGUAUUUAGAUUCAUAUAGAUAUGUUUUCUUGCUGAUAAAAAAUUGUAAAUAUAAGGGGUGGGAAUUCUCCUCAGAUCUGCAGUUUUCCUCUCAUGGAACAUUGCCUUUCCUCUCAUUUUAAUUGUCCUUUCCGCAGGAAAAAAAAAAUUGGUAAUGUAAACUUCUGGGACCAGAUUUUUGAAGCUAUCUUAGCGCUACGAUAUCGUAAAAUUGUCCUAAAUGAUGACAUUACACAUCAAAUUACAUUGUGAUGCCAUUAUGAAUCUAAAAGCGGCGGUGUUUCUUAUUUGGUUUCAUUUGCAAAGGGAGCGAGUAAGCUUUAGCCGGCAUCGCAAUGCAGCGUGGGAUAUCUGAAGUAAAAAUGGCGGUCCAGACCCCUGUAAAUUUCCUCUUUUUUUUACAGUUCACCAAUUCCCACCCUUGAAAUAUACAUAUACAUUAAAAUUAGAAGGCUGUUGUCAACUCAUCACUUUGUGUUUAGUAAUGUAUUGUAUACAGAGAUCAGUAGAGAAUCGUCCUGUCUCUCUGUGUACUCGUGGUGAAUUAAUACAGUUUAUGUGGCCUAGAUUAACAGCUACAUCUAAAGGAUACUGAAGAAGGUACAUCAUUUAAAGAGGGCAGGAUUCAGCUCAGUGGUAGAGCACUCACCUGAGGUGCUUGGGUUAGACAAUUGAAGCCCUUUCCUGGACCUAUUCAUUGAUUUGACUUUUUUCCUGACCUAACCAGUGCUGCAUGAAUUAUAUAUUACAGGCAAUGCCAUAUACUGCCAUGUCUGUGGGACAAGUGCAUGUAAAAAAUCCCUUUCUGCUAAUGGAAAAAUGUAGCAGGUUUCCUCUCUGAGACUAUUUGUCAGAAUAACCAAAUGUUUGACAUCCAAUAGCCAAUGAUACUAAAUGAAUGUGCUCUAGUGGUGUCAUGAAACAAAACAAACUUUAACUUUAUCAUGGGAAGAGAAAUAUGUGGAUGAUCUACUAAUAUUCUAAAUGGAUAAAAAAUAAUAAAGUUUGUUUUUAAAACUGCUGCUUUAAUAUAUAUGAUAUACAAAGUACAUGUGGGGUGAGGGGAACCUGCUUUUUAUCAUCUUUUACCAGCACUGAAGCUGGAGAGCAGUUGAUGCGUGUUUACAUUUGAUACAUGCAUGGAUGCAUGCCUUGAGGCAAUCAGCUCCCGUUGAAGGAUAUGUUUUCAUAGUAAUGGAAGUAUGUGUCAAGUAUGACACAACAUCAAAACAGAAUUAUGUAAUCUACACACAGGUGUCUGGGGUAUGCAGAAAAUGAUAACACAAUGCUAUCUGUGUAGCUGAACACAUUAACUUGCAAAAUAUAUGAUGUACUGUUUGUAAUAUAUACAUGCAUAAUCUACGGUAUGGCCUUACAUUUGUAUAAAUUGGGGAACAAGAAGACCUGAAGUUUAGUAAACUGCUUUGAUUGUUUUAAAGGGAUUGUCCUGAGUUUGCUGCCAUUGUAAGAUGUUUCCGACUAAUAAAAUAUUUUAAUGCCAAAAAUGACAUACUAAAAUAUAUUUUCUUGUUUAGAAUAUCAAUAUCUGUACAUUCAAUGUUUUACUGGUCAUCCUAAUGUUUGUAAAUAGCCCAAACUGGAUUUGGUCUCACAAUAAUUUCAUAUGUAUGAAAAAAUAUAAGGAAAUAAAAUGAAGUUUGACCUAGUAGUAUAAACACUAGGACAAUCGUAAACAAAUUUAAUAUACAGCCACUGAUAUUUAAAAUGCAAAAAAGGUAUUUUAUAUGCAACAUCAUGCAGUCAUUAAAAUGUCUCCGUUAGUCAGCAACAUCUUAAUGACAAAACACUCAGAAAAGUCCAUUUAAGGCAACAUUAAUUUAACGUGUUGCUUACAGCCUUUAUUUUUCAACUUGAACAAUAACAAUUGUACUGACUUUUUUUGUUUUGUUUUUCUAUGACAUUCGUCAGCAAAGCUUUUCAAAUACGGUACCAAUUUGUCUGGUGUCUGUCCAUCAACUUUUCCUUUAAAGUCUUAUCUUCUACAGUUUUGAUUGAAUUAUUCUGAAACUUGGUACAAUGAUUGUCAUGGGCACCCUCCAAAAACUAUCAGUAAGAUAUUUUGGAAAUUUAGAAUUUUUGUUCAAUGUUUUUAAAAUUUAAAUUUAAAAUUUGAAAAUAAAUCUUCUCCUAGAGUUUUGAUUGGACAUGUCUGAAACUUGGUACCAUAAUUCUCUGGGGCAGUUUUCACAAACUAAUAAAAAUACAUUUUGGAAAUUUUAAAUUUGUGAAUUUUUAAAUUUAAUUUAAACGUUUUAAAUAGAAAUUUAACAUUAAAUUUUUUUAAGUCUAUCUUCUAGAGUUUUGAUUGGAUAGUUCUGAAACUUAGUAUAAAUAUUCUCAAAGGCAGUCAUCACAAACUAAUAGAGCGGUACUUUGGGAAUUUUGAAUUUUUAUUAAAUAAAUAUAUUUAAAAAUA